AUGCAAUCGAGCAAGGAGAUCAGAAUCAUAUCUUUGCUUGUCAUUGACACGCUGUUUUUCUUUCUGGAGAUAGUGGUGGGAUAUGCGGUGCACUCACUAGCGUUAAUCGCAGACUCUUUCCACAUGCUGAACGAUAUCUUCUCGUUGAUCGUGGCGCUGUGGGCGGUGGGCGUGGCGAAAAACAAGGCGGCAGACUCCACGUACACGUAUGGCUGGAAGCGGGCCGAGAUUCUCGGUGCUCUGGUCAAUGCGGUAUUCUUGAUCGCGUUGUGCGUGUCGAUCCUCAUCGAAGCAAUCCAGCGGUUCUUUCAGCCACAGGAGAUCGACAACCCAAAGCUGGUGCUUAUUGUUGGGUCUGCGGGACUAGCCUCCAACAUUGUGGGGCUUUUCUUGUUUCACGAACACGGCCAUUCCCAUGGUCACGGUCACUCACACGGUUCAGGGGCUCACGACGAGGAAAGCGGCCACAGCUAUUCUCACGCGGACUCCUUUGCCGAAGAGUCUUCCCAGGACAUCAACGACAUGCUUCCCUCGACCAUUGUUGAGACCUACACCCCUGAAGCGUCUCCUUUACUCGGUAACAAGGAUGAUCACACCCACAGCCAUGCCACUCAAGGCAAGGCCCCACAAAAAUCCCACAAGUCUCUUAACAUGCAAGGAGUUUUUUUGCACGUCCUUGGAGAUGCGCUGGGGAAUGUAGGCGUCAUGGCCACCGCAUUAUUCAUUUGGAAAACCGAUUAUUCUUGGAGGUUUUACACUGAUCCCGCCGUGUCAUUGGUGAUUACCAUCAUUAUUUUCUCUUCUGCCUUGCCCCUGGCAAACAAAGCGUCGCGCAUCCUUUUGCAGGCCUCGCCUGCCACUGUUUCCACGGAAGACGUGCAGAAGGAAAUUUUGCAGGUGCCGGGUGUAGUUUCCGUUCAUGACUUUCAUAUUUGGAAUUUGACCGAGUCUCUGUCCAUCGGUUCUAUCCAUGUUGCCAUCGAUUGUAGCCCCGAAAGGUUUACAGAGGUUGCUAGAACAAUUAGAAACAUUUUCCACCGCCAAAACAUCCACUCCGCUACAGUUCAACCCGAAUUUGUUUCCGGCGAGGUGAGUGACGACACUUCUAAAAGGUUUUCUAGAAUAGCUGGAGGUGGAGUUUACGGCUCGUCGUUGUCUCUGAGACCAGAUGAAGCAGUCAAUACAUCUUACGGCACAGGGGAGACUCGUUGCAUAAUUGAUGAGGCUGCCAAUUGUAAUACGGACAAUUGUUUGCCUCCUUCUUGA